AUGUCUAAAAAUAUUCGAUCGGAGCGACUGGCCAAAUAUUUUAAAGAGGUUGUCCAGGGAAAGCAUGAAGUCCAGGAUCAGAACAGUUUCAAGCGAUUUAUUGAAGCAACCCUGGACCAGGGUGACCCCAGCAUUGUCGUUCAGCGAAUCAUCUCAAGCCAAAGCGCUCUGAAUGCCUUGCGAAAUGGACUGAGGUUUAACCUAACCCCGACCUUCAUCAACGGGUACACCGCGAAGUUUAUUCAAUACCUGAACCACCGCGAAGUCAAGCUCCUCUGCAACGGCCAAUUUCUCGAGCAGCUUCUUCUGAUUAUCUUGGAGCCGCGCACCCUCUGGGGUGCAUUUCUGGAGGCGUUCCGUACUCGCAAACUGGAGGAUCAUGCGAUCCAGGCUUUAUGCUGGUUGAUGGCGGAGUUGCUUUCGUUGCCUCCCUCUUGUAGGGUAGACGUUAGAGCUGAUGCUCAGGCUGUUUUGAACGAUGGAUCGCUUUUCUCUUCCCCCUCGGUUGACAUACGAAACUCGGGCCACAAGAUUAGAUACCUUCUGGAGAUGAAAUCACAUGCAACCACCGUCCAAGACUCUGAGAUCACUGCAGGUGGUCGGCACGAUAAUGAUUUUGCUGAUUUUCGCUUGACGGCCAUUCUUCCUACGGCCGAUGAGAUGGGAUGUACGGAGAAACCCUUUUAUCGCCGUGCUGAAGACAUCGCACAGCUGUCCAGUGGCCAACGCAUUGCCGGUCAUGUUGACAAUCAGUUUCGCCUUUUGCGAGAAGAUAUGCUCUCGGAGCUCCGCGAAGACUUGCAAAUUGCAACAGGCGCAAAGAAGGGGCGACGCUCGGCUUUCCACUUGAGAAAUCUCAAUCUUUCUCAUGUCCGCUGCACUGCUAGAACCCCAAACCACCUUCGACCAUGUACGAUCGGCGUGACUGCCCAAUAUGGCCUUGAAAAGCUCAAGAACCUCUCAAAGGAUGAUCGCAAAGCCUUCUUAAACAACACGCCUCAGUUUGUGAAGCAUCGUGCUUUUGGUUGCUUGAUUAGGGACACAGAGAUCGUGGCUUUUGCCACAAUCGAACGAGAAAUUGAUGAACUGUUAUUCAAAAUGCCAGUUGUUAUGCUGCGUAUUACAGGUGAAGAAGCCCUCAAAAAGUCACUACUUUACCUGAAACUCUACAAUGACGUGGAGUUCCUGCUUGUUGACACAGCAAUGUUUGCAUACGAGCCAAUUUUGAAGGGCUUGCAGGAGAGGAUUGAGUUGCCUCUCACAGAGGAGUUGUUCCUUUACGAAAAAGGCCAGCCGGUGCAGGAUUCAAGCCUAGUUCCUCGGAAUUUGGUCAAUAUGCUAAAGGAAGAAUACGGAUGUAAUAUCCAGCGCACCCUUAAAACCUCGAUGUCAGUGACACUAGACUCUUCACAGUUAGAUUCUCUGUUGGCUGGGUUGACACAGAGAGUGAGUCUUAUUCAAGGACCCCCAGGUACCGGCAAGUCGUUCAUAGGUGCUCUUCUCGCAAAGGCCCUGCAUGAUAACGCUAAAGACAAAAUCCUGGUUAUGUGCUACACAAAUCAUGCCUUGGAUCAGUUCUUGGAAGACUUACUAGACGUUGGUAUCAAUCCCUCUGCUAUCGUAAGACUCGGGUCCAAGUCUUCACAACGCACCGAGCCGCUUGGGUUGUUUAAGCAGCACUCGUCCUACAAUAGGGAUCAAACCACCUGGAACACAAUCCAUUCACUCGAAGCGGUCGCAAAUGAACAAAAGGACAAUUUGAAUGACUCCUUCCAAGCCUACAAGAAUCUCACAGCUAAUGCUGCAUCUAUCUUGGACUAUCUGGAGUUUGAAGAACCAGAAUACUUUGCAGCUCUGACCGUACCGGAGCCGGGGGAACCAAACAGCAUGGCCGUGGUCGAUAAGAGUGGAAAAACAAUCAGGAAAGACUACCUUUAUCACCGAUGGAUCCGCAACCAGGACGCAGGGGUAUGUUCUGAUCUUCUUCCCGCUCAUUGUCAGGACAUCUGGGCACUCGAUCAGAAAAUACGGGACGAGAAAAACAGCUCUUGGAAGAGAGCUCUGCUGAGGGAACAGGCGGAGUCUUUGGGCGUCAGCAUAGCAUUGUUCAACAAAAGCCAAAGCCAACUGAGCGCUACCCUGGGUGAGAAAAACCGGAAAAUCUUGAAAUCAAAGCGAAUCAUCGGCUGUACCACUACAGCGGCGGCAAUGUAUUCCGAGGACAUUCGACAUGCUUCCCCUGGCAUCGUGCUUCUUGAAGAAGCGGGUGAGAUCCUUGAGUCGCAUGUGCUCACCGCAAUGACACCGGAGACCAAGCAUUUGAUCUUGAUAGGAGAUCAUCAGCAGCUACGACCAAAAGUCAACAGCUACAGUUUGAGCACAGAGAAAGGCGAUGGCUAUGACCUGAACGUCUCCCUUUUCGAAAGACUCAUACAUGCCGGAUUUCCACAUACGACACUGGUCAAGCAACAUAGAAUGUGUCCCGAGAUCUCAAGUCUUGUACGCAACCUCACCUAUCCUGGGCUGGAAGACGAUAAAAAGACCAAGAAUCGUCCUCAGCCACGAGGUCUGUGCGACAGAGUGAUAUUUUUCCAUCAUCAAAACCCGGAAGACAUUUUUGUCCAGGUCUCUGACCGGGACGAUGAGAAUUCAAAGCAAAGUAAGACAAAUGUAUUCGAGGCAGAGAUCGUCCUCAAGAUCGUGAAGUAUCUCGGACAGCAGGGAUAUGGAACAGACAAGCUGGUCGUGUUGACUCCAUAUUUGGGUCAGCUGAGUCUACUGAGACAGACUCUAAGCAAACAGAACGACCCAGUUCUGAAUGACCUCGACUCCCACAACCUUGUCAAAGCAGGCCUUCUGUCGCAGGCUGGUGCCUCCCAUUCGAAGCGUCCAAUCAAGCUGUCUACAAUUGACAACUUCCAAGGAGAAGAGAGUGAGAUAGUCAUAGCGUCACUCACCCGCAGCAAUCAAGUUGGCGACAUAGGAUUCAUGGCAGCCCCCGAGCGCCUCAACGUCCUCCUUUCCCGAGCGCGAAAUGUCCUCAUUCUGGUUGGAAACUCGGAAACAUUCGUCUCUAGUCGGAAGGGCCAAAAGCACUGGAAGCCGCUAAUCGACCAACUGAAGUCAGAGGGGCAUCUAUACGAUGGACUGCCCGUCCAAUGCGAAAAGCAUCCGCAGACAAAUUCUAUUCUCCGAACAGCGGAGGACUUCGAUAGAGAAUGCCCAGACGGAGGAUGCUCUGCCCCUUGCGGCGUGAAACUGAGUUGCGGAGUACACGAGUGCCCCUCAAAAUGUCACCAGCUUCUGGAUCACUCAAAAAUGAAGUGCACAAAAAUGGUUAAAUGGAAGUGUUCCCGCGGUCAUUCCUUGUCUCUGUCCUGUUCCCAGGCCAAGGGCUCAUGUCGUUUCUGCAUCCAAGAAGAUCAGGUAAAAGAGCGCAAGCGCCAACGCGAUAUCAGACUAGAGAUAGAACGGCAAAGAAAACAGAACGAGUACGCCCGGCAGCUUGCAGAGGCUCAGGAGGAGGCUUCUCAUCUCAAGCGUGUGCGACGCGAUGAAUUCGAUGAUAUGGAGCGAGCGAAGGUCCUUGAACAAUACCGCCAGGAAAUUGAGGAUUUGAAGAACCCUCCGCGCCCUGUAUCUCCUCAGCGGAAAUUGAGCUCUGGGGCCAUUCCCAGCACGCCCCCAACUAUCACGGAAGCAAGCUCGGAUUUCAGUGCCACAGGCACUCAAAGCCGUAGUGUGCAGCCUCCAAGUCGACAAGUCAUGCCAUCACAAAAGAUGUCCGCGGCUCAAGCAGACUGGAAGUAUCAAAAGAAGUUCCUCAACGCUCAAAGCCAGGAGAUCGACAAGUUAAUCGACAUGAUCGGACUUGAAUCAGUGAAGACAAAGUUCUUGUCGAUCAAAGCUAAAGUGGACGUCGCAAUUAGACAGAACAUUGAUAUGAGCCACGAUCGAUUCGGAUCUGUAUUGCUCGGGAAUCCCGGUAGCGGGAAAACAACCGUUGCGCGUCUAUACGCGAAGUUCCUAUCGUCCAUGGGGAUCAUUCCCGGCGACAAAUUCAUCGAGACAACCGGGUCCAGACUCGCGAACGAUGGUGUCUCGGGAUGCCAAAAAAUCAUCGAAACCCUCCUGAAAGACGGCGGCGGGGCCAUCUUCAUUGAUGAAGCGUAUCAGCUCGUCGGCAGCAGUUUUAGCGGCACCCAGGUUCUAGACUUCCUCUUAGCUGAGGUUGAAAACCUCACUGGAAAGGUGGUCUUCAUUCUUGCGGGAUAUCAACGACCGAUGGAGAAGUUCUUCGCGCACAAUCCCGGGCUUCCUAGUCGUUUCCCAAAUGAGCUCAAGUUUGAUGAUUUCGACGACGCUGAGUUGAUGCAGAUUUUGGUCGGGUGCAUCGAAAAGACAUACAAAAAGCAGAUGAAGGUCGAGGAUAACCUUGGCGGACUUUACUGUCGCAUUGUAGCUCGUCGGGUUGGGAGCGGACGUGGUCGUGAGGGAUUCGCCAAUGCAAGAGCCGUUGAGAAUGCCAUGGCCAAGAUUUCCGAACGGCAGGCUGCACGGCUCAGCCGGGAAACACGACAGGGUGCGAGCAAGGUUGAUGAUUUCUUCCUGAGCAAGGAAGACAUGAUCGGGCCAGAUCCAUCGCAGGCUUUGAAAUCAUCCAAUGCUUGGCAAAAGCUGCAGACUAUGAUUGGUUUGGACUCUGUGAAGAAGACGGUGGAGGCCAUACUAGACACCAUGCGAUACAACUACCAGCGUGAGCUGGAUGAGAAGCCCCUGGUUGAGUACAGUCUCAACAAAGUUUUCUUGGGAAAUCCCGGAACGGGGAAAACCUCUAUCGCAAAGAUCUACGGUCAGAUACUUGUGGAUAUCGGGUUUUUGUCCAAUGGCGAAGUGGUGGUAAAGAACCCGUCAGACUUCGUUGGCAGUGUGAUUGGAGAGUCCGAAAAGAACACCAAAGGGAUACUUGCAUCUACAUUGGGAAAGGUUCUAGUCAUCGACGAGGCCUAUGGACUGUUCUCUGGAGGUACCUCGGAUGGGACAGGUUCCAACAGUGACCCAUACCGAGCUGCCGUGAUAGACACCAUCGUGGCAGAAGUGCAAAGCACACCUGGUGACGAUAGGUGCGUCUUGCUUCUAGGUUACAAGGAUCUUAUGGAAGAGAUGUUUCAAAAGGUCAACCCUGGCCUCACCCGACGUUUUCCAAUUGACCAGGCAUUUGUCUUCGAGGACUUCACCUCGAGUGAGCUGGAUGCGAUUUUGGACCUCAAGCUCAAAGAGCAAGGGUUUGGAAUAACUGAUCGUGGCCGCUGUGUGGUAUUGGAGAUGCUCGAGCGUUCUCGGAAUCGGCCGCAUUUUGGAAAUGCAGGCGAGAUUGAUAUUCUCCUCAACGCCGCCAAGAUGCGGUAUCAAAAGCGCCUCUCUUCCAUCAAACGCCCCGGUUCUGUUCCGGAUUCUGUGCUUGAUGCUUCUGACUUUGACGAAGACUUUGAUCGCGCGGAUAAGAAGGAAAGUGUUGCGAAGAUGUUCGAAGGCGUCAUAGGAUGUGAAAGUAUCGUUGCCAAACUGGAAGGCUAUCGGCAAAUGGUUCAGAGCCUCAGACGACUGGACUUGGAUCCGAGCACGCAGUUGCCGUUUAACUUUGUUUUCCGUGGUCCUCCAGGUACCGGAAAAACGAGCACAGCUAGAAAGAUGGGGCAAGUCUACUAUGACAUGGGCUUGUUAGCUUCGAGUGAAGUGGUCGAAACCUCAGCGACGGACUUGGUGGGUCAAUAUAUAGGCCAUACAGGCCCGAAGACUCAGCAAGUCCUCGAACGUGGCCUUGGAAAAGUCUUGUUCAUUGACGAAGCCUAUCGGCUCGCUGAGGGACAUUUCGCCAAAGAGGCCAUGGAUGAGAUUGUGGAUGCCAUUACCAAGCCCAAGUUUGCUCAAAAGCUGAUCAUCAUUCUGGCCGGUUAUGAUGGAGACAUCAACCGUCUCAUGUCAAUCAAUCCGGGGCUCACCAGUCGCUUCCCAGAGUCUCUUCAAUUUGACCCAUUGUCCUCAGCAGACUGUGUCAACUUAGUUUACGAGCUCUUGUUAAAAGAAAAAAGAGACCUCCUCAACAGAUCACAGGCUCAGUUCGAUCUAGUCUGCUUGGAGAGUCUAGAUUUCGACUUUAUGAAGGGAAUGUCGCAGCGCUUUGAUAGACUUGCGAAAUCUGCAGGCUGGGCAAAUGCACGAGACGUUGGAACGCUUACGAAGACAAUCUUUGGCAAAACUCUUCUGUCAUCUAGUGGGAAGAAGCUGGUGCUGAGCGAAGACACGGUGCUCGAAGCCCUCGACUCAAUGAUCAAUGAGCGAUCCAGCCGGGAAGUCUAUCCGCAAAACGGUCUAUCAACUGCGAUCAAAGCGGCAGAGCAAACAGACCUGGCUGUACGCACUCAACCUUUGAGUAAGCCUGUCACCAAGCUGGACAAUCAAAGCUCGGUCUCCGAGAAUGAGGCCUCCAAGGAACCAGACAUGACAGAGCCCAAGACAGAGAAUUCCAUUGCCACCGCAAAGCGAGAUGCCGAUGUUACAGACGAAGUGUGGCAUCAACUCGAAAAGGACAAGGCUCUAGCAGAAGCCAAAGAGAAAGAGUACUUGCGUUUGAAAGAGGAAUAUGAUAAGCAGAAGCAGGAGAUAUUGAAAUUGAAGGCGGAGGAGGAAAAGGCCGCGCGGGAGCUGGAGGAGGCCAAAAGGAAAGCAGACGAAGAUGCCAAAAGACUCCUCGAACAAGCCCGACUCAAGCUUGAGAUGGAACGCAGGAGGCAGGAAGAGAUCUUGGAGAAACUCCGCAAGCAGCAAGAGGCUUUGGCCGAGGCUCGCCGCAAGGAACAAGCUAAUCAGAUGAAGCUGAGGACCAUGGGAGUCUGUGUUGCUGGCUAUAAAUGGCUUAAACAAAGUGGCGGUUACCGAUGUGCUGGUGGUUCUCACUGGGUGUCAGAUGCUGCGCUUGGAAGUUCCUGA